UGUGUGACCGCUCUGUGCACGAAGUGACAUGCUGCCUUAUUUUGGCGUCCAAGUCCUGUCAGCAAGGGCAAAACAGAGUCUGGAGACCCCGAACCCCUCUCUCUGAUGGCACAUGGGGUUGAAUUCAGUUCCACUUAGCUCAAAGAUCGCAGCCGUAGUGCCUCAUUGUUGCAGCCAAACAGCUUUUCCCUAAACAAACAAGUCUAGCAUGUAAUGGCUUUGAUAAAGCUGUGACAGCAGAGGCUCCAUCAUCCAUAACGAUUACUUCAGACCAUAUACACAUUUCUACUGACAAUCUCUAAACAUCUAUGAACCGACAGCCCUAAAGCAGCAAUCAAUAUUUAACUUUAGUAUUAACAAAGUCACAUUUAGCUAUUAUCAUCAUGCAUUAUUAUUAUGAUGUAAAUCACUCAAAUCCCCUGUGUGUGUGUGUGUAUGUGUGUGUGUGUGUGUGUGUGUUUGUGUGUCUGUGUGUGUGUGCGUGCGUGUGUGUGCGCACGCGCAUUACAGGCGUCCCUGGCUGUCUCAGGAGUGAAGUGAUAGGGGACGUGGUUGGCGACAGGCCUGGCACCGAGCUGCCAUGGAGACCAAGCAGGAACCCUCUGCUGUGUGGAGUCAGACUGCUAACAGUGAUUCAGGCAACGCCACGCAGGUGCAUUUUGAAGGCAGCACAGUGGCCCAGAUAGUGUACAGUGGAGAGCAGGCGGACCGGGGACAGCAGCAGGUGGUUUAUACAGCAGACGGGAACUCCUAUGCUUCUGUAGAGUCUGCAGAGCACACACUGGUCUACAUUCACCCUGCAGAUGGCGCUCAGACUGUAUUUGCUGAUCAGCCUCAGGUGGCUUAUAUUCAGCAGGAUGGUACAACUCAGCAGGUCACAGUUUUACUGCCCAGCGGACAGAACAUGAACGCUGCCAACCUGCAUGUUCUCAGUAACGUAGCGGAGACUCCACAGGCUAUCCUGGAGCCAGUGUCCCAGGAGCAGCUGUCUGUGUCCAAUUCGCUCACCUCCAUGGCGGACAUUGCAGACCCCCCCACCAGUCCACUCGGGGCCACAGACUCCACAGACGAUACGGAUGAAGACGAGGACGAAGACUCCGAGAUGGAUGACUGGGAGCCUCGUCAGCCUGAAUCAUUUAACCCUCACAGCCUGUGGUGCGAGGAGUGUAAUAAUUCCAACCCCUCGGUCUGUCUGAAGCACGGUCCUCUGCACCCCAUCCCCAACCGGCCGGUGAUGUCCAAGGCCCGAGCCAGUCUGCCUCUGGUCCUCUACAUCGAUCGCUUCCUGGGCGGGGUAUUCUCCAAGAGACGCAUCCCAAAACGCACACAGUUCGGUCCAGUGGAGGGACCCCUGGUUCCUCAGAGUGAACUACGGGACCACUACAUCCAUCUGAAACUGUGUCUGCUGGAUACAGAGAAAGACGGAGAGAAGUCUAACGACAUGUGGUUGGACCUCUCUGACGAGGACAGCUGUAACUGGAUGAUGUUUGUGAGGCCUGCUCAGAACCACCUGGAGCAGAACCUGGUGGCCUAUCAGUACGGCUCAGAGAUAUUUUACACAACCAUCAAGAACAUCCAACCUAAACAAGAGCUCAAGGUGUGGUACGCCGCAUCAUAUGCAGAAUUUGUAAAUCAAAAGAUCCACGAUGUUACGGAAGAGGAGAGAAAAGUGCUGCGGGAGCAAGAGAAGAACUGGCCUUGUUACGAGUGUAACCGCCGCUUUGUGAGCUCUGAACAACUGCAGCAACAUCUCAACAUGCACGACGACAAGUUGAGCUCUGUCACCAGAUCCAGAGGUCGGGGUCGUGGAAGAGGCAGGAAGAGAUUUGGAACAGGAAGAAGACCGGGGCGGCCGCCGAAAUUUAUACGUCUGGAACCGCCUGUAGACGCCGGCGGGGACAAGACAACAGAGAUGCUGGAACUGACGGAGAAGCAGCCGCUGGAAGAGCGAGUGGAGGGAGCUCAGAACGGCCUGAAGGUGGUGGAGAUGGAGCCGGAGGCGGAUGCCGGGGCCGAGGUGGAGGGUCAGCUCAUACCUCCUGCAGGAGAACCGGUCCCGGAGUCCGUCACCCCACCUGCCAACACGGACCUGCCAGUUCCACUAAAGGAAGACCCGGCACAGAGCAGCCAAUCAGACGCCCACCUCACAUCUCAGGAUAUGCGCCGUGCCAAGAGGAUACGGAACGCAGCGCUGCAGCACCUUUUCAUCAGGAAGAGUUUCCGUCCUUUUAAGUGCACCCACUGUGGCAAGGCCUUCCGGGAUAAAGACAAGCUGGAUCAGCAUCUGCGGGUCCACGGCCGGGACGCCUACACCUUUUCCUGCCACAUCUGCAACAAGAGCUUCAUGAGUGACUCGGCUCUGGAGGACCAUCUGCUGGUUCACACAGAGAACCGCACCUACUCUUGUCUCUUAUGCCCAGAAACCUUUGAAAAGCUGGACCUGCUCAAAGACCACGUAGGGGUGCAUGCGGUGGACGGCUGCUACACGUGUCCCUCCUGCAAGAAGACGUUUACUGACUUCAUCCAGGUGAAGAAGCAUAUACGCUGCUUUCAUUCAGAGAAGGUCUUCCAAUGCUCAGACUGUGAAAAGGCCUUCUGCCGGCCGGACAAGCUGCGUUUGCACAUGUUACGCCACUCUGACCGCAAAGACUUCCUGUGCUCAACAUGUGGCAAACAAUUCAAGAGGAAAGAUAAGCUGCGGGAGCACAUGCAGCGUAUGCACAAUCCUGACAGAGAGGCCAAGAAGGCCGACCGGAUCCACCGCUCCAAAACCCUCAAACUGAAGGUGCCCACCACUGACUUCGAGAGCUUCAUGUUCAAAUGCAGAGUGUGCAUGAUGGGAUUCAGACGCAGAGGAAUGCUGGUUAAUCAUUUGUCCAAGCGUCAUCCCGAGAUGCGUAUUGAUGACGUGCCUGAGCUAACGCUGCCAAUUAUCAAGCCUAACAGGGACUACUUCUGCCAAUACUGUGACAAGGUGUAUAAGAGUGCCAGUAAGAGGAAAGCACACAUACUGAAGAACCACCCAGGGGCAGAAUUGCCUCCCAGCAUCCGUAAGUUGCGACCAGCUGCUCCUGGUGAACCAGACCCCAUGCUGAGCACACACACCCAGCUGACUGGCACCAUCGCCACGGCACCAGUCUGCUGCCCACAUUGUGCCAAACAGUACAGCAGCAAGACCAAGAUGGUUCAGCACAUCAGGAAGAAGCAUCCAGAGUUCGCCCAGCUCGCCAACACCAUCCAGACUCCGUUGACAACAGCUGUAAUCAGUAGCGCUCCUGCAGUCAUCAGUUCAGACGGAACCACAGCUGAGGCUGUAGUGACCACAGAUCUGCUCACCCAGGCCAUGACGGAGCUCUCUCAAACACUGACCACAGACUACCGAACAGCACAGGGAGACUACCAGAGGAUCCAGUACAUCCCCGUCUCUCAGGCAGGAGGCAGCCUUUCCCAGCCGCAGCACAUUCAGCUGCAGGUGGUGCAGGUGGCUCCGGCUUCCUCCCCACAUUCACAGCACCCCACAGUAGAUGUGAGCCAGCUGCACGACCCGCAUGGCUACAGUCAGCACUCCAUCCAGGUACAACACAUCCAGGUCAGCGAGCCUUCAGGCUCUGCACAAGGUGCCACCCAGGUAACUGGUCAGCCUCUAAGCCCCACCUCCCAGCAGGCUAGUCAGGAGCUGAGCCCCGCCCAGUUGACCCCUGUAACUCUGGCUCAGAGCCACACCCUGCAAACUAGCAGCACCCAGCAGCAACAGGGGACUGUGCAGCAUGCGUAUAUACCUGGGAACUGGAACUACCGAGGUUACCCAUCUGAGAUCCAGAUGAUGGCUCUACCUCACGCUCAGUAUGUGAUAGCUGAGGCCAGCACACCUGUAUCUGGAGUCAACAGCAACCAGGUGAAAACGACACACUACGUGAUCUCCGAGGGCCAGACUGACCUGGAGACAAAACAGACCGUUCCUCAGAGCACAACCCAGACCCACACCGAACAUCUGGAGCAGCAACCGACCAAUCAGCAAGCCACCACGCAGUACAUCAUCACCACGACAACCAAUGGCAGCGGCACUAGUGAGGUUCACAUCACAAAACCCUGAACUGUACAAUGAAGAACUCUCACAGACUUGAUCCUGCAUGUAGACCUCAGACGCUUGUGCGCACAUGAAUGAAUAAAUACGUGGAUGGAAACAGAGUCGGGACAUAGAGAGAUAAAACGGGGAUGAAUAGACGACCAGCACAGUUUUAUGUGUCUGUAAGUUAGUAGAGAGCAAAAUGCAAAGUUUUGAGUUUGAACUGAAUAUAUAAAAAACUAAAACUUGACUGAACACGUGUUUGGAACCCACAGCAAUGGAAGGUGUGGAUACUUUCUGAAACAUUUUCAAUGGAACUGCUGAAAGUGUGAGGACCAUUACAUCAAAUACAGAGUUCCUUUGCGAGUUAUACAGUAUCGAAAAUGAAAGAUCUUUUUAAGGUCUGGAAAAGGUGGAAAAGUUUUGUUGCUCAGUCCUUAUACAGAUUUGAGUGCUCAUUUUACAUAUUUGUAAAGUAAUGGACAUUUCUUGAAGAAUAGUAUUUGUAAAUGAAACUCUGGAAAGAAAUACUGAACUGAAAAAUAUGGGAAAGUACUGUAUAAAGCAAUCCUGCUAAACAGGUCAUUAUGUUUUUGUCCAGUGUAAGUACCCCACACAUCCUCUGUUGUGUCGUAUGUUUGCAGAUCAUUGCUGAUAUCUGAUGUGAUUUUUCUCCAUGGAUUUCCUCUUUUGAAAUGUCUCAGACAUCAGUUUUUAUUCACAUGCUGGAUUGUCCUGAUUUUUCCAAAAAAUCAGAAUGAGCAAUCUUUCUCUUUUUCUUUGUCAUUGUCACAACCACAACACCUGUGUUUUUAUAGUAAAAUUUUAAAAAGCAAACAUAA